AUGUCCGCGACAAUCGUGCUGGACAGCCAGCACACCCACUACACAAAUCUCGAUUUCCUUUCGGGCAAGGUCAUCUUACAUUUACCUACCGAAGCCGCCAUUGGAGGUAUCCAGGUCAAGCUGGAGGGCGAGAGCCGUACCAGGCUGUCUGGUCCUCGCAACCCACUCAAUGUGAACUCGGAGAAGAAGCGCACGGAGCUGGAGGUGCACAAGAUCCUUUACAAAGUUGAAACCGUUUUCCCCACGGCGGCGGUCAUGCAAUCCGGAUCGCCCGCAUCCUCCUACACUUUCGCGUCGGGAUCAUAUGAAUAUCCUUUCCAGUUCAAGUUUCCUUUCAACAAUGCGUGCAACCCAAGCAACAGCAUGCUCACCAAUCUCAACUUCAGUGGGCUGAAGGUGGAAAUGGCCCGCGAUAGCAAUCGCCAUGUCAAAAAGACCCUUCCUCCUACCUUCGGCGGUUUCCCUGGUAUGGCCGACAUCAAGUACUUUGUGAAGGCUACGGUUAUCAGGCCACAAUUCUACAAAGAGAACAUUCGAGCAAUUGUGCCAUUAAACUUCCUCCCCAUUGAGCCGCCUCGGGCAGGAAACCCCAACGAGGAAACAUAUGCUCGACGCCAACAUCAGUUCUCCAAGUUUCAGGAAAGCCGGAAGAAGAGUAUUUUCUCAAAAGGGACUAAUCCGUUCCGAGAUUCCUCGGAGCCUCCGCGUGUGUCUGUGGACGCUCGACUCCCGAAUCCUUCUAUCCUCACAUGCAACGAACCUGUUCCGCUCCGUCUCAUGGCCAAAAAGCUAACAGAGUCGUCGGACAUUAUCUUCCUUGAAAUGCUGCAAAUCGAGCUGAUCUCUACUACCAAGAUUCUGGCGCAUGAUCUUACUCGGAAUGAGAGUGGCUCUUGGGUCAUUAUGAGUCGCAGUAACUUGGGAAUACCACUGGGCAAGCCAGAAGAUCCUGCGGGUACUGAAUGGAAUAUCGACCCGAAGUUGUGGGGCAAUCUGCCUCUACCUAACUCCGUGGCUCCGUCGUUUGAAACCUGCAAUAUUGAAAGAGCCUACGAGUUGGAGGUGCGAGUUGGCAUCACCCACGGCACUGCUAGCAACAUGAAGCCCCAACUCAUUGUCCUUCCCUUGCGGAUGCCAGUCAAGGUCUACUCUGGUAUCGCUCCCCCCCAGGCCCUCCUGGAUGCCCUAGCCGCCUCAGCACCACAACCAUCUCCCUCCAAACCAACCGGACAAAAGUUCCCCACGGCCACAGACAGCAGACCUACCAUACCACCACGGCCAUCCGGAAUUCCAGUAUCAGCGGAGUCCGGAGCCGCGUAUGAUGACGCACCUCCCAGUUAUGAGGACACAAUGGCAGAAAAUUUAAGCCCGGUGGAUGGACCACGCCGCGAGUAUCACCCACCAGACGCCAGCACAGUGGAAUCUGGAACUGAUGCCAAAUCCCCAGUCCAAAUGGAAAGGGUCCGUGAGGGCGGGCGCGGCGCAGAAGGUUCCGCGCUCCCCCGUGAAGACCGCCGCUCGUCCUCCGAAUCCUUUGACAUGCUGCCCACCACUCCGCCUGAAUCUAUUUCCGGAUCGCCUCCCGCUUCGCCCGUACGACGCCCUCAAAGUACCAUGAAGGUACCCCGGAACCCCGCGGAAGAGGAAAGCCCGCCGCAGUACCAACAAGUCGCGGAUAAGCAGCUCCAGACUCCGAGUGUGAACCGCCGGCCUUCAAAUACCAAUAUGCGUUCAAUGAACCUGGGCGUGCCUAAUCGGAAACCCGUUCCUCGGAGCGCAGACAGACGAUCCUGA